UCUCAUGGUUCUGCUUGGAUACUUAAAGCUGCAGGUGAGGAUUGGUCAUAUUAUCCAUUGCUGCUGAAGAGACUUUCAACCUUUUGUGCAACUGAAGAAAAGAUGGUGUCUGCAGGCCUCCAGAUUUUUGGCAUCUUCCUCGCAAGCAUUGGUUUUGCUGGCGACAUCAUUGUUUGUGCCCUGCCAAUGUGGAAGGUAUCUGCAUUUGUUGGGCACAGCAUCAUGACGGCGCAGAUCUUCUGGGAGGGCCUGUGGAUGAACUGUGUGAAGCAGAGCACCGGCCAGCUGCAGUGCAAGUUUUACACCUCCAUGCUGGCUUUGCCUCAAGAACUUCAAGCCGCUCGCGCUCUGGUUGUGAUCUCCAUCAUCGCUGCUUUCCUGGGACUCCUUCUAGCCGUCGCAGGGGGAAAGUACACCAACUGUGUUGAAGAUGACCUUGCUAAGUGCCAGGUCGCCAUCAUUGCAGGUGUGUUCUUCAUUGUUGGAGGUAUCCUGUGUCUGAUCCCAGUGUCCUGGUCUGCCAACGAGAUCAUCAAGACCUUCUACAACCCCGCCGUGGAUGAUGCCCAGAAGAGUGAGCUCAUUCGCCUCGACACAAUGGGGACUCAGCUGGUUGGUUUUUGCUUGGCAAUCAUCGGUUUCAUGGGAACGAUCCUCAUCUGCGCUCUGCCCAUGUGGAAGGUGACGGCAUUCGUUGGAACCAACAUCGUCACCGCUCAGGUGUUUUGGGAAGGUCUGUGGAUGAACUGCGUGAUCCAGAGCACAGGUCACCUGCAGUGCAAGGCCUAUGACUCCGUCCUCGCCUUGUCUCAGGACCUGCAGGGCUCUCGGGCUCUCGUCUGCGUCUCCCUUGGCGUCAGCGUUGUGGCCAUCGGGCUCAGCAUCGUUGGGAUUCGGUGCACCAACUUCUGCCGCUACGACAGGUUGAUGAAAUCCAACAUUGGCAUUGGUGGAGGAGUGGUGUUUCUCAUCGCAGGCGUGCUGUGCAUCAUUCCCGUCAGCUGGUCGGCUCACAUCAUCAUCACGGAAUUUAACAGCCCAGUGGCGACGGAGGGGAGGAGAGGGGAGCUGGGAGCCUCCAUCUACAUCGGCUGGGCGUCUGGAGCGCUGCUCGUCAUCGGAGGAGGGAUCCUGACAGGAAGCUACAGAUGCUGAAGAAGAAGAGGAAUGAUCUCCACUAUCCAUCGUAAACAAACUGAAGGUUUACGUGUAAAAUAGCCUUUCUAAU